CGAGAAAUGACGCUGGCGAGAACGACGAUGUUUGCACCCUUGGCAAUGUAUCCUCGCUAUGCACCGCCGCCACUGGAUGGCGAGAGGCAGCCCCUACUACCCCCUUCAUCUCAAGCUCCGACGGUCAUAGAAGUCGAAUUUGCUGAUGGGGUUGUGCCUGCAGAUGGUAGGAGACCGCUGCUUCCACUGCCCACGCGGCCUCCGCGCGACGUAUGUGAGUGGAUCGUCCAGCAGUGGAAUGCAACCGUCGCGUUUGAAUCUCUGACCCCCAUCCCACUACAUGUUGCCGCCAUGGGCGUAGGUCUAGUCGUGUGCCUUGUGGCAGACAAGCGAUCGUACAUUGACCAACCGACGCCAAAAAAAGGGCGUCGACCUCAACCUACGGUCACGACGAUGCCACCAAGCGAACACUUUUACACGUGGCACCACGUCCUGCUAGCCGUCCUCAUCUUCGACCUCAUGUACUCGAUCGCUUGGAUUCGAUACUGCAUGCUGCAAGUAUCGUCGUUCCCCACUUGCCAUCGUUUCUGCAAAACAGCUCAAGUCCUCCUCGUGUUUUCUUCCCAAGUGCUUUUCUUUCUGCACGUCCUAGACGCAGUACCCAUGACGUGGUUUGCCAUCACAGCGCCGCUGGCCGUGUACACCAUAUUGAGCGCUGUACAGCUGGAAUGGCAGGCGCUUCUUGGGCUCAAUGCGAUCGCAGUGGCCCUCAAAGCCGACGGCGUCCUUGCCGUGACGUGGCUGACUGCGUUUAUGCCCAUCUGGGCUGUUCUCGCCCUCAUUGUGCCCUUGGGCUGGCUGCUGCCACGACCUGAGGACGGCACGACGUGGAGCCACUUCAAAAGGUGGUUUUGGCUCGUCCAAGUUGGAGCUGUGUACGCUGCGUUCAUCCCGUUGGCAAUUAAACUUGAGAUGGGCAGCACCGUGCUACUCGAACCUGACGGAAGUCACAGGGAUUGGCUGCCAUAUCGGGUCAUGGUCGCAGUCUGGCUGUUGCCCGUGACUUGUUUAGUCGUUGGAGUGUGUAUUAUGGUCGCCAUGGUUGAAUGCGCGCUACCGGGGCUAUAUUAACUAAACUUGCAAGAUACUUUAUGUGACAUGG